ACUCCUCCUCGGCAAGUGAGUGCAGGCAUUUAUUUGUCUUCGUCUUCGGCGGUGUUAUUUGCUCUCUUCGUCUUUUCUUCGUUGUAACCUUUGUGUGUCUUUGUUUGUGUUUUUGUGUUGUAAACUGCUAUGGCUGCUUUUCUAGGCAAUAAGCUGGUGCAGAUCGGCACCAAGAUUGUGGGUGUGGGCCGCAACUAUGCUGCUCAUAUUCAAGAGAUGGGCGCUGUCGUUCCCAAGGAACCUUUGAUUUUUUUGAAGCCAACGUCGUCGUAUGUUAGGGAAGGAGGAGCUGUUGAAAUUCCGCCAUCGUGUACAUUUCUUGACCAUGAGGUAGAGCUUGGGGUUGUGAUUGGCAAGAAAGGUCGAGAUAUUCAGGAAUCGCAAGCUAUGGAUCAUGUUUCUGGUUAUGCUUUAGCGCUGGACAUGACUGCAAGAGAAUUGCAAGCCACCGCUAAGAAGCAGGGCCUUCCGUGGACAUUAGCUAAAGGAUACGACACUUUCACACCUAUUGGUAAUUUUAUUCCUAAAAAGCAGGUGCCAAAUCACAGUAACCUGGAGUUGUGGCUCGAGGUAGAUGGACAGUUAAGACAGAAAGGCAAUACAAGUGACAUGAUUUUCAGCAUCCCAACCCUUAUUAGCUAUAUCAGCACCAUUAUGACUCUGAAUGAAGGGGACAUUAUACUCACGGGUACUCCUUCAGGUGUGGGUCCUGUGAAGGCUGAUCAAUAUAUGAAGGCUGGCAUCACAGGCCUAGUAGAGAUGUCAUUCAAAGUGAAGUCACGGAAGCCUCUGCGCGUGUAAUGCAUCAACAAACUUAGAAGUCAACUUUCAAUGAUCACCAGGAAUGCAACAUGAUUCAGCUCCUAUUAGCCUAUCUGAAUCUCAGACAGACGGACGAUUCGCUGUGUAAAAAUCAGUUGUUAAUUAGGUGGGACACUCUUUUAAGAUUAUUUAGUUGCUCGGAUGUGUUGAAUUGAAAUGCCCUAAAUCUAGUAUCUCCCAACCGAAAUGGUGGAUUUGAGAUGCGGAGCUACCAUGAACCCUUAGGGCACUGUUGGCAAGUGUGUUAACUGUUGUGGGGGUGUUACUUGAAGAAUGAAGCAGGUAUCUUCAACAGACUAUCAGUUCUUCUGAAUGCUACAGAAGUUAUCAACUGUGACGUUAUGCAUAAGUAAAAGAUUAUGGUUAUCACAUUUUUUUGCAAUG